AUGACGCUAGUGGAGGGCCGGACGGUGGCCGGGAGGGGCCAGCGCGGGCAGCUUCCGGCUCCCGAGGAUGGCGCCGCUCCUGCUGCUUUGGCUGCUGCGGACAGAGGCUCCGUCGCCGCAGCCGGGAAGAUGAAGGUGGUGGAGGAGCCCAACAGCUUCGGGUUGCACAACCCUUUCCUGCCUCCCGUCCAGCGCCUGCAGCCCAAAGCCAGCCCAGCACCAGCUUCAGGCCCUGCCCAUCUCCUCCAACUGGCAGGUAAAUGCUUCAGCUACCUGGAGUCCACGUACAAGUAUGAAUUCUGCCCCUUCCAGAAUGUCACACAGCAUGAGCAAACCUUCCGGUGGAACGCUUACAGUGGAAUUCUUGGAAUCUGGCAUGAAUGGGAAAUUGAAAACAAUACCUUUGUCGGCAUGUGGAUGAGAGACGGAGAUGCGUGUGAAACCAGGAACAGGCAGACCAAGGUCCUCCUGGUCUGUGGAAAGAGCAACAGAUUGGCUCUCGUGUCGGAACCAAGCACUUGUCUUUAUUCUCUGACAUUUGAAACGCCGCUUGUUUGCCACCUGCAUUCUCUUUUAGUGUAUCCAGCCUUGCCUGAAACCCUCCGAAGGAAGUGGGAUGACCUGGAGCAGGCACUGUAUGAAGAGCUGGUCACGAAACAGGGGUACGAGAAAAGGUUGAGAGAGAUCUUUGAAGAAGCCACGUUUUUUAAAUCUACAAGAGAGGCACAGGAUAAGCGACAAAAUAAACUUCAUCACCAGGAAUUUGGAUCUCUGGAAAAGUGUAAUACGGAAUAUGAACGCCUUUCCAAAGAUGCACAGAAAUUGAAAGAAUUAUUAACUCAGCAUGGAGUUGCAUAUGAAGCUGUCCUGAGUGGAAACAGUGAUGACAAGCAUGCCAUUCCAAAAGGGGUGACAGAAAUGCCAGCUCUUACAGUUGGACCCAAGGUUGAGACGCACCAGCAUGGAGAUACAGGACUUUGGGUCGACUCCCCAUGA